UAAAACUCGGUUGACUCAGCUUCUAUAUUCCACCGGGUUAAUCCAUCCACCGACUCCACCGCCUUUUUACUUCACAUAUUCAAUCUGUUUGAUGAUUUGCGUUUGCGACACCACCUCGCCACCGCUUUAAUAUGUUUUGUCCUUCGAUUGGGGCGCUCUCCACCUUCUCCAACAUGAUAUAUGCAACCGGAAAGAGAUUAUCUAUCGUCGUCGCCGUCUCGACUAACACCACGCGACCACCUUCACACCUGCUUCACCCCUAUCGUACCCCACCGUCGACGGUUUUCUGCAAGGCGCAUCGCUACCCAACAACUUUGUCGACGACGUUGCUAAGUCCGGUAACCUUGACCUUCUCAGCCAUCGUUGAAUCGCGUUUAUCACUGCUGGAACAAAGGAAUCUUCACGAGAAAGAGGUUAGGCAUAAGAAAAGGUGGUUAAUAGAAUCCUCAAACCUCUCAAAACGAAGCUUGAUUUUCUCUUUUGAUGAGCAUCACUUAGAAACACAAGUCAAUACCGCCAUACAAGUUGAGGCAACUUCUCAGGAAAUAUUUGUUGCUGCAGAAGCUAAGCUUGCUGAUUUCAAACAGAUACUGGAAAGACAAAAAAGGGAAAAGUAUAGACACUUGAAUGUAUUAUGGUCCAAGCAUGUGAAAAAUGAAACCUAUAUUUUCGAGAUUGAGACUAUUAUUGCCCAUGCAUAUGAUGAUAUCUAA